AUGUUUAAAUCCAAGUCAUUCGAUUUGAAUAAUGAAGAAAUUACAAGACAAUCCGAAAAACUUUAUCAACCACGCAAAAUCCGAUGGCUGAAGUACAUCAUACAACCAGCUGCAAUUGGCUUUGUGCUACUUUUAAUAAUUUGCAAUGUAGACUUUUCAAGUGAACCGGCACAGAAAAGUCAGGAUUUUAAGGAUUUCAAAAUAUCACGAACGAUAUCGUCUCAAGUAAAAAUUGAUUUGUACAAAUUGCCAUUCUCAAAAUACGCUGAAUGGUGCCAAACACAGUGCAGCACGCCAGAGAGCCUUAAUUGCAAUCGUAAUUUCAGUCAAUUGGUUUUGAAACAUGCCAAAAAUAAAACGGAUUGCAAUUAUCAUUUCACACUACGCCUCAAAAACUAUCACUUUCCUAGGGCAGUAAUUCGGAAUAAUACCUUUGCUGGUGCCUACAGAUUGCAGAGUUUAAUUUUAAACAAUUGUGUUCUGAAAUAUAUUAAUGAUGACGCAUUUGAUCAAAGCAGCUUAAGAAGUCUUCUUACUAUAGAGUUAACUAAUACCCGGCUCAAAAAUAUAAGUAAUAACGCAUUUCGAGGCCUGAAUAAACUAUCUAACUUCACACUGAUCAAUCGAAGAAAAUCAUUGCGAUGUAAAGGAUUCAUGUUACCACUGGCAAACACCCUAUGUUCAGCAAAAAUUCAUCAGCAAUAUACACAACAUAGAAUAUACAAGCCUGAAUACUUUUUCGGCGACGCAGAUUAUAAACGUCUCAAGGUCUUAGAUCUAAGUGGAACCAAUAUCGGCGGAUCAGCAGAAACCAACAGUUUUGAGCACAUGCCAGCCUUGCAGUAUCUAAUUUUGGCAGGUUGUAGACUGAGCAGCAUAAGUUUCGAUGUAAACAUUGGCUUUGGUGCUCUGCGAUACUUGGACUUGAGUGGAAACAUGCUUGCCGAACUUAGUCCUCAGUAUAUAUUGAAUGCAAUACAAAGUGGUAUUACGCUGAAUCUCGCGGAUAAUAGUUGGGAAUGUAGCUGCACUAACUUAGAUUCCUUAAAUUCAUCAAAUAUAAAGUCUUGCUUUGGACAGAUCAGAAAAACGCGAAAUUUAAUAAGCACCGAUGUUCCGGAUAGCUAUGAAACCACCGAUGAAACGGACUCCACGUCAACCACACAAAGGCGCACAGCUGCCAUAAAAACUACCAAAAGUACCUCUACGCUUAGCACGGCAACACCGGCGCCGACUACACGGAAUACCUCAACAACCGAAUUGGAUAUAAGUACGACCGAAUCCAUAGACGAUGAGCAUCCUCCUCUAUUCGAUCAUAUCGUAUGCGUUAAUGCGGCCAAGGAAACUAUAAGUAACACCACAGUAUAUUACGAUGCACUAAUAAAAAUUGAAGACGAUUCUGACAGCGCAGUGCACGUUAGUCUAUCACAGUUGGACUCUCAGUUUUGGAGCAUUAUCUAUUUUUCAAAUGCAAAAGAUAUGGGUCAAAUGUAUAAUAACGAUGCCGUUGAAAUAUUAAAUGAUACAACUGUUAAGAUUAAUUAUUUAAGCUGUGCCACCGCGUACGUAUUUUGCCUGUUGAUAGAAGAAAAUACGACCUCGCCAUUUAAUUGUCGGUCACAUCAAACUAGGGCCUGUAGCGGGAAGCAAAUGUGGUUUGAGGCAAACAGCUCGCUGAUUGUAGGUCUUGGAAUAGUCGGUAUUCUAUUGUGCGUAACCCUGGGGUUAUUCGUAAUGUACGCAGUUCUCUGGCUUCAUCCGACCUGGCUAUGCGGAAGUAAACGCUUGCAACGUCCGUCGCCGGGAUCUUCCAUUAUGGUUCUAUUGCCCAGGAGUUCUGAUGCGGAGCUAUACAACACAAUAGGUUACCCAAAAUCCGAAAGCAACAUUAACGAAUAUGCAGCAUACUAUCGCCAUUUAGAACAAGCGAAUCUAUACCAAGGAGAAUCAAAUAAGUACAAUAUACCCCCCUUGGAACGCGCCCCAUCCGUACCACCAUUCGGAGAAAAAAAUAAAAUAUCCACAAAUCCGAACAGUUAUACAUAUGAAUGCUUUGAGUUAUAUGAGGAGCUUUACUAA